AUGAAAGUUGAUCAAAGGCAUGCAACUUCAAAGUUGAUUAGUGGUUACAUUAUUGACAAUCUUCGAGACCCAAGGUUUGAAGUUACACUAGCUUUUGUCAUGGUAGAGAUGCAAAAAAUGCAUGGACUAGACAUUGGAUAUCACAAGGCGUGGCGUGCUAUUCAACUUGCUUCCGCUUUAAUAAGAGGAACUCCCGAAGAUAAUUAUGAAUUAUUGUCUUUAUACUUGUAUAUGAUGAGAAGUAAAAACCCGAGAACAUAUACUAACAUAAAGAUAGACGACAACAACAGGUUUCUUUAUAUGUUUUUUGCAUAUGGAUCAUCAAUAUCUGGUUGGAAUCAUUGUAUACCAGUCAUUGCUGUUGAUGCAACUUUUUUGAAGUCAAAAUAUCGUGGUGUUUUAAUGAUUUCAGUUUCAAAGGAUGCAAAUAACCAAAUUUCUCCACUAGCCUUUGGAAUAGCAGAAUCUGAAAAUAACAAUUCCUAUGAGUGGCAUCAAGCUAUUGCAUAUGGCAUUGCAAAGAACCUAAAGCGAAAGAAGGUGAAAAAUGAGCUUAUAAAACUUUUCCAAAGUGCUGCAAGAGUAUACAGGCGCAAAGAAUUUGACCUAUAUAUGUCAGAUAUAGCAAAAGUAGAUAAGAAGACUUAUGACUACUUGAUGGAAGAACCACCGGAAAGGUGGGCACAUUCUUGUAGUCCACGACGAAGAUAUGACAUGCUCACAAAAAACAUAGUUGAGUCAAUGAAUUCUGCCCUAUUAGAAGCAAGGGAGCUGCCUAUAUUAAGAAUGAUGGAUUCAUUCAAGUGA